AUGCAGCUCAUGACGGCAUACCCGCUGGAAAGCGACCGGAAGCCAGUCGUCUUCUCCGCCGUGGUCGCCAUCUGCAGCCCCAUCGUGUUCAUGCUCGCGUACAUUAUCGGUCGGAAGUCGACUCGGUACACCAGCGUGCCAGUCGUAGCGACCGGAGACCACGUUACAAUGACAGCUCGUCGACGGUCCAGCGCCUACAGGGAAGGCUUGCAGCAGAACGGCCUCACGUCCUUCGAAGUGGCUACAGGAGCGGCUCUGACCAACCGCUUUGGCGUCAUCUCGAGCUACGACAACUACGCGGUGCACGACAACCAGCUCAUCGCGACGAUCGACGCGGUCUACUGCAACGGCUUCCUCGUGGUCAACGGCAAGUUCCUCAUCGGCGCGCAGGAUCUGCUGCCCUUGAUCGUCAUGAAGCUCACUCGAGUGCGCUUCACCAACAUCUUCGUGCACGAAAUGGACAAGAACACGGUGAAGGAGACGUCGAUGCUCGUGUACCCGACGACGAUUGCGUGGAGCGAUCUGCUGCAUCUGAAUGUCACCGCGCUUUCUUAG